GGUAGAGAAGCAGGAUGAAACCUAAGUACAACGCGGAAAACAGGGCGGAUAGUCAACUUGAAGGAAUCAGAGGUCAGCGUGUAGAAGAUUAACGCCAUUCCUUUCAUUCUUAACUCUGAUAAUUUUUGGACGGUAUAUGUUGUUUUAUCUCCAUUUUUUGGGUUUACUCUGGUAUCCCGAUCGAUUUAGUGAUUUAUAAAUCAGAGGUAGUUGGGUAGCAUUCACCUAGUCAGUGAUGGUAAAGGAGACGGAAUACUACGACGUGCUAGGGGUCAGCCCAACGGCUACAGAGUCCGAGAUCAAGAAAGCUUACUACAUCAAGGCGCGAAAAGUACACCCAGAUAAAAAUCCAAAUGAUCCUCUUGCUGCACAAAAUUUUCAGGUUUUGGGAGAGGCUUACCAGGUAUUGAGUGAUCCAGCCCAAAGGCAAGCAUAUGAUGCUUAUGGGAAGUCAGGAAUUUCAACUGAAGCAAUUAUUGAUCCUGCAGCAAUCUUUGCUAUGCUUUUUGGAAGUGAGCUAUUUGAGGAAUAUAUAGGACAGCUUGCCAUGGCAUCAAUGGCUUCUUUAGACAUUUUUACUGAAGGGGAACAAUUUGAUGCUAAAAAGUUGCAGGAGAAAAUGAGGGUUGUUCAGAAGGAAAGGGAAGAAAAGCUUGCAGCUAUACUAAGAGAUCGACUCUACAAAUAUGUACAAGGUAACAAAGAUGAGUUUAUUAAUAAUGCUGAAGCCGAAGUUUCAAGGCUCUCUAAUGCAGCCUAUGGUGUUGACAUGUUGAAUACUAUUGGUUAUAUAUAUGCAAGACAAGCUGCAAAAGAGCUUGGAAAGAAAGCAAUUUAUCUGGGGUUGCCAUUCAUUGCCGAAUGGUUUAGAAACAAAGGCCACUAUAUCAAAUCUCAAGUAACGGCAGCAACAGGUGCCAUUGCUUUGAUUCAGCUGCAAGAAGACAUGAAAAAGCAGCUUAGUGCUGAAGGAAACUAUACUGAGGAAGAGCUUGAAGAAUACAUACGAUCCCACAAGAAAUUGAUGACAGAUUCUCUGUGGAAGCUUAAUGUAGCUGAUAUUGAAGCCACACUUUCCCGUGUUUGUCAAAUGGUCCUUCAAGAUAACAAUGCCAAAAAAGAAGAUCUUCGUGCACAAGCAAAGGGAUUGAAAACUCUUGGUAAAAUCUUUCAGAGGGCGAAGUCAACAAAUGGAAGUGAGAAUGAAACCGUAUUAAGCAGUGGACACCAGAAACUGAAUGGAAGUGAAUCUGGCUAUGAUGCUUGUUCUCCUAAUAUGUCGCCAAAAUCUUUAAAUCAUGAAGAACCAUCUCAGUCUACAUCUGUAUCACAGAGCCCGUAUGUGGAAACCCCGAACUUCUCAGAUGGUCAGAUUAGCUCUAACUUUCCGAUUCCAGCAGCACCACCUGGUGCACAAAGACAUCCUUGAACAGGCAGGGAAUGAAGAUGAAGAAAUGUGAUAUGAUGAGUGAUGCUUGUUUUGUAUACCUACUAUAUGUAUAAUGUUAUGGGUGUCAGUAUGUAUGGGCCUUGAGUUCGCAUUUGUUGGAUGCAUCAUUAUGAGUAGAUGGUCUGGAAAGCACAUCCCACUUCGUUGUGUAUGCUCAUGGUGCAUUUUACUGGAGAUACAUCCGUUUGAAAUAGAUAGGAGAGAUUGUUGCAGAAGAUAGUUCUUACCAUGGUUUCUAUCUGGCUGCCUUGCUAUUUGAAUUAGUAUAUCCUGUCACAGUUGGGUUUGCUUUCUGUGUGUGCGCAUGGAGUGUGUUUCUGAGUCACAGGUGUACAUUAAGAUUAAAGUUUUUGAUUAUUGUGAUAUUUACUUGAAGAUUCAUGUAUCAUUAAUAAUAUUCAUGAUAUUGUAA